AUGGGUGCCUACAGGUACAUGGAAGAGCUUUGGCGCAAAAAACAGUCCGAUGCUAUGCGCACAUUGCUCAGGAUCAGGACAUGGGAAUACAGACAACUCACCGCAGUACAUCGCGUAUCAAGGCCUACACGCCCUGAUAAAGCUAGACGCCUAGGAUACAAGGCAAAACAAGGAUUUGUCAUUUAUCGUGUAAGAAUCAAACGUGGUGACCGCAAGAAAAAUGUACAAAACGGUAUUGUAUACGGAAAACCAAAGCAUCAAGGUAUCCGUAAGCAAAAAUCCAAACGUAACUUGAGGAGCCUUGCCGAAGAACGUGUUGGCAGACGAUGUGGAGGUCUACGCGUUCUCAACUCGUACUGGGUAGGACAAGAUGCCGUAUACAAAUUCUACGAGGUCAUACUAGUUGACCCACACCAUAACGCUAUCCGCAAUGACCCUAGGAUGCAAUACAUUGCCAAACCAGUACACAAACACCGUGAAAUGCGGGGACUCACAUCGGCAGGACGCAAGGGACGUGGAUUACGUGUGAAGGGACCAAAGGCAGCGAAGUUGAGACCUUCUAUACGCGCCAACUGGAAGAGAAGACAAAUACAGCACUUGUGGCGCAUGAGGUGA